CGAUGCUAGUGAGGUUCCACCUGAAGAUAAUAGAAUUCGGAAACAACUUUGAGGAACAGCGGGAAUCCUUGCACGAAAUUGAAAAUCAGCUGAGCACGGCAGAUAAGAGAAGAGUUCAAGCUAUAUUUGACAAGAUUCAAGACAUAGAGAAUGACCUAAACACAAGUCUAAUCAGUCUCAAUGUUAUUUUGAAAAUAGGAUUUAAUCCACAACAUGAAACCUGUGACAGAAACGCCAUCAACUUGCCUGAACGGGUUGUUCUGAAGUCCCCUACUGGAAAAGAUGUCUUAUGUGAUACCAGAACUGAUGGGGGUGGAUGGAUUCUGAUCAUGCGCCGCAUUCAAGGAGGUGUGAACUUCUCAAGACCUUGGACAGAUUACAGAAACGGGUUUGGUUUAUUUGAUGGCGAUUUUUGGCUGGGACUAGAAGAAGUACACACUUUAAGCAAUGCUGGACAAUGGGAGCUGAGAGUGGACAUGAAGUUUGAAGGUAAAGAUUACUACGCCAACUACAACACGUUUAAAAUCGACAGCGAGACCCUCUUCUACACGCUUCAUGUUGGUCAGUUCUCAGGAAACGUCGGGGACGACCUAGAAUAUCACGACGGCAUUAGGUUCUACACGUACGACAGACCUACGGUCAAUCACUGUGCGCGAACGUACACGGGAGGAUGGUGGUAUAGGGAUUGUCAUCACUGCUAUUUGACCGGCGUGUGGAGGUCCAAAGACUGGGCUAAAGGGGUCCAUUGGGACUCGUUGUCUACAAGCGGUAAGAAUCUUGAUGCGGCGGAAAUGAAAAUCCGAAAAGUAAACUGAGCCUUACUUUCCAGCAAGA